AUGCAGUCCUCCCCGGACGAGGCGCGGCUGCUGCAGAUGCUCAUCAAGCUCACCGGCGCACGCCGCACCCUCGAAGUCGGCGUGUUCACGGGCUACUCCCUGCUGGCCACGGCGCUGGCUCUCCCCGACGACGGGAAGGUCAUCGCCGUCGACGUGAGCCGCGAGUACUACGACAUCGGCCGCCCCUUCAUCGAGAAGGCCGGGAUGGUGCACAAGAUCGACUUCCGCGAGGGCCCCGCGCUGGAGCACCUGGACGCGCUGCUGGCCGACGAGGCCAACCACGGCGCCUUCGACUUCGCCUUCGUCGACGCCGACAAGCCCAACUACGUGCGGUACCACGAGCAGCUGCUCCGCCUGGUGCGCGUCGGCGGCAUCAUCGUGUACGACAACACGCUAUGGUGCGGUACGGUGGCGCUGCCGCCCGACGCGCCCCUGUCGGAAUUGGACCGCCUAACCUCGGCUGUUAUGCGAGACCUCAACGCCAUGCUCGCCGCUGACGAGCGCGUGGACGUGUGCCAGCUCACCAUCGCCGACGGCGUCACCAUCUGCCGCCGCCUCGUGUGA